CAGAUUGAGAAAAAAAAAGACAAACAUCGCAUGCUGGCUGGCCAAUGACGAUCAUAGAAAUAUUAUAGGCGCCGCUGAGCAAAUUGGCGCAUCCUAAUUUCAUACGAUUUGGCUUUAUCCAGGAAAAAAAAUUCAAAAUUUUGAAGUCACAUCACAAAUUCAGAACCUAUUGGCACCAAUUUUUACAUUUUUUUAAAUUUAUUUUCAAAGGGAAGUUAAUUCUGUUAAUCAUGGUCGCGUGUUCAGACUCGAGUCUACAUCAGGCGAGGAAGCCACCGCAACCAAAAAAUUAUCAGUCAGUAGUCGGGUUGGAUGAGUCUUUAUUCAAAAACAUUUUCUUGACCUUUCCCAACAUUUUUUGCCUUGGAAAUCUUCUUCCCAUUUGGUAGACAUAACGGCUUUGGUCAUAUUUGCCUUUGUUUGAAACCGGGCAGUUAAAGGAAUUUGAGUGCGAAUCAACCAUUAUUGAAAUCGGGUAGUUGAAGGUGUUGUUUUUUCUAUCUGGGUAUUUAAUAUCGGUCGUCUUUGUUCUGUAUUUUUUCCGUUGCUUUGAUAGAUAUUGAUACUGUCUGAUUCUGGGUUGUUUGUAAAGAAAUCAGAUUACCAAGAUCGAGUCUUUGGGGAGACUUCGUGUGUUCGUUGGCAGUUUUGGCGGUGAAGAAAAGACUUUAAAGUAGUUGGAAUUUCAGUUUCAGUUCACGACUAUAUUGGUGUGUCACAGGAAAAGUGUUAGGGCAAGUUCAGAUUUCUCAACUGCUUUAGUGCUUUCUAAGCCCUCUUUUUAAUAUUUCAACCCUAAACCUCUUGUACAACUCAGUCAGAUCCAUAUUGGUCAAGAUUCAGAGACAGGGCCAAAGAGUUCUAUCUUGUCUGUUUCCUCUCAUAUGUAUGUGUCUUUUAUUGUAUUUUCACUAUGAAUAAUUCUGGGGCAGCCAAUGAUCAGAGACCACCAAUUGAAGUCACCAAGGACAGAAAUGGGAUCGAUCAGGUUCUGCUUAGGAACCCUCGAGGAGCUUCAGCAAGGAUUAGCUUACAUGGAGGACAGGUGCUCUCAUGGAGAACUGAUAGGGGAGAAGAGUUGUUAUUCACAAGUACUAAGGCAAUCUUCAAGCCCCCACAUGCAGUGCGAGGUGGAAUACCAAUAUGUUUUCCACAGUUUGGGAACCGAGGAUCAUUAGAGCAACAUGGAUUUGCCAGGAACAAGAUUUGGGUCAUUGAUGACAAUCCACCACCAUUGCAUCCUAGUGAUUCUGCUGGAAAGACCUAUGUUGACCUGCUACUUAAGCCAUCUGAAGAAGAUUUGAAGACCUGGCCACACAGUUUCGAGUUUCGUCUUAGGGUGUCUUUGGCAGCAGAUGGGUGCCUUACUAUGGUUUCACGCAUCAGGAAUAUCAAUUGCAAGCCGUUCAGUUUCUCGAUUGCGUACCAUACAUAUUUUUCCAUCUCUGAUAUCAGUGAAGUCAGGAUAGAAGGGUUGGAAACUCUUGACUAUCUUGAUAACUUGUGUCAAAAGGAACGUUUCACCGAACAAGGAGACGCCUUAACAUUUGAAUCUGAGGUUGAUCGGGUUUACCUUAACUCUAAAGAUGUGAUUGCAAUUUUUGAUCAUGAAAGAAAACGGACAUUCGUUAUACGCAAAGAAGGACUCCCAGAUGUCGUGGUAUGGAAUCCAUGGGAGAAGAAAUCAAAAUCCAUGGUGGAUUUUGGAGAUGAAGAAUACAAACAGAUGGUUUGUGUUGAUGGGGCAGCCAUUGAGAAACCAAUCACUUUGAAGCCAGGUGAGGAAUGGACAGGACGGUUGGAACUUUCUGUAGUUCCUUCAAGCUGAUCAUUAAAGAGUUCUAUUACAAGUUAUUAUUGGUAUUGUUAUAAUUAUAUUUCUUUAGUAUUUGUGAUGAAGAAACAAAUAAGAGAAUUUUCUUAAUCUGAUAAUGACUGUUUCUGUAUGGGGAGUGGACUGGAGAUAUCUGGUUUUAUUGUAUCUCCUUUGUACCAAAAACUUUUAAAUGUAUUAUUUUUGGCUAGUAAAAUUGUAUGUGAGAUUGUCAGAUUCUAUUCA